AUGUCGUGGAACGACCGGAAGCGAAAGCGGGAAGAGGGGAAGGACGCGUGGAGCGGCAGGGACGGCGACGACGACAACAACGAAGCGGUGGUGCGGCUCAAGAUCGACGGCAAGAUAAUCAACGAAAACCAUCAGCUGCUGUUUGAGAUACUCGAGGGCGAACUCUCGACGUUGGCCAAGCGGUCGAUGAUGAUAGGACGCAGCGCCGAUGGCGAGAAGGAGGACGGCUCGGCCGCCGACGAUGUCGCCAAUCAGCGCUACCGUGGCAUUUGCGUCGAGGCGCUGCCGCCGUACGACUUUAGCCUACGGUGGCACGACCUCUCCUCCACCAGCCUCAGCCUGGAUGAAGGAGUGGACUUUGGCUCGUUGACUGCCCUCAAUCUGCGGAGCAACAACCUGAAGGUGUUGCCCAAGGAAUUGUUCAUGCUUACCAAUCUCACCUUUCUCGACCUGUCCAAGAACCAGCUGCCCACACUCCACCCGGCACUCAGCCUGCUCACCUCCCUCCGACGACUCGAGGUGUCGGGCAACCUACUCACGGCCAUUCCGGUCGAGAUCGUCAAUGUCUCGCAGAACGUGUUGGUCUCGCCGUCGACGUCGGCCUGGUUGGGCAAGACCGAAAACUACCUCGAGUCUAUCGGUUUCUUCACCGAGCUCACAUCGCUGAAGCUGCGCAGCAACCGGCUGACCGCGCUAUCGCCUGCCCUCGGCAAGCUGGGCCAAUUGACGCGGUGCGAUCUGUCGAACAAUCAAAUCACAGCCCUGCCGCUCGAGAUCGGCCAGCUGUCGUCCCUCUCCACUCUCAUUCUCUCCCAGAACAUAUUGGAGUCGCUUCCUCCCACAAUAAGCAAUCUUACGCGAUUGGAGGUUCUCGAUGUACAUAACAACAAACUGACCGAACUCCCCAAAGAAAUCGGCCCACUCUGCUCACUGCUGCGGCUCAAUGCGUCGGAAAACAAGUUGACCAGCCUGACGUCGGCCGUGGGCUUCCUUUCGUCGCUCCUCACGCUGGAGCUCGCCAACAACCAGAUCACCGCGCUGCCGGUCGAGGUGAGCGGCCUGCGGUCGCUGACCAAGCUGGACCUCUCCAAGAACCAGCUCGCGUCGCUCCCCAAGCAGCUCGGCGACCUGCGGUGCCUGCAGGUGCUCAACGUCUCACAGAACGUCAUCCGGGCGCUGCCCUCGAAGCCGUUCGGCACGCUGUGCAACCUCGAGGAGCUCCACCUGUGGGGCAACAGCCUCACGGCGCUGCCGCCCCACAUGACCCGCCUCACUCGCCUCACCCUGCUCGCGCUCCACCGCAAUAAGAUCUUCGCGCUCGACAAGAGCUUCCCCAAGCUGACCUCGCUGCUCGGCCUCUCCGUCGCCAACAUCUACAUCAGCGCCGAUGCGCACGAGCGGUGUCAGGUGUUCGUGAUCCAGGAGGAGACGCGGCUGUCGGUCUUCGAGUGGGCCGAGUUUUCGGAGCAGGCCUUCUCCGACGAGAACCUCCAGCACCUGCUCGCCCUGGCCCGUUCCGCGCCACAUCCGCUUCUGCUCUUCGCCCUCGCCUACUUCACCGAAUUCGAGGGCAUGUGCCGACGAAUCAUGGCCGAGGGAGCGUUGCCCGACGUUCUCGUAGCGUGCCAGAAUUCGCUGCCCCGCGUUCAGUUCGAGGCAACGCGCUGUGUGGCCAACCUUUCGUCCUAUGAUGACCUCCAACGACAAAUCGUGGACGAGGGCGCCAUCGACGUGGUGCUGCAGAUCAUUCACCAGUCCGACGCGCUGCCUCGCGCCAAGCUGGAAGCCAUUCGCUGCAUCUCCAACCUGGCUUUCCACGAGGAGCACAAGGCGCAGAUCCUGCGGUUUGGGGUGGACGUGUUUGCCGACCUCACCAAGGACCACAACGAACCACACGCGCGUAAGAAGCAGAGAGGCAUACGCAUUUUGUCGCUCGAUGGUGGUGGCACGCGAGGCAUAGUCACCAUUGAGCUUUUAAAGAAGAUCGAAGAAAUCACCGGCAAGAAGACGUACAAGUUGUUCGAUCUGGUGUGCGGUACCUCCACGGGAGCCAUCUUGGCCUUUGCCGUGGGCAUCAAGCGCUACUCACUCAUGGAGUGCGAGGCCAUGUACAAAGGGCUGUGCCAGGACGUGUUCACGAUUGGAUCGUCACCGCUCACGGCGGCGCCGACGUCAAACCCGAACGCUCUCGGGGUCUCUCCGCUGCUGCCGGCCCAGCCGCCCGUCCUCGUCUCGCAGUCGACGUCGUCCUCGUCGGCCUCGGCCUCCGCCUCCGCGCUGCUCUCGGACACCACCCCCGCCGUGCUCUCCCUCAAUGUGCCCUCGGCCCCUGUCGUCGCCACCCACCCGGCCUCCAAUUCCGUCACCGUGCGAACGCAGAAAGGAAAGAUGGCGUCGACUUGGGCGAGGCUCUACAACUACACGAGUUUGCUCACAAGUGGUGCAUUUUACAAGUCUAAGCCGCUGGAGACGUUCUUGCGUGCUCACUGCGGCGAAGCAUCCAUGAUCGACACAACAUGCGACACCUCUGUCAAAACGUUCCUGGUUUCGUCGUUGGUGUCGACCUUCCCCGCCGAGGUGUUCCUGUUCCGCAACUACGAGUAUCCCGUCGGCGUAAGGUCUCGGUACAAGGGAUCGUCGCGAACGCGACUCGUGGAUGCCCUGCGAGCCUCCACCGCUGCGCCCUCCUAUUUUGACGAGGUCGAGGUCACCGAGCACGGCCAAAAGAACCGAUUCCAAGACGGCGGCAUCUGUUGCAACAACCCGACGGGUGUGGCGAUCCACGAGGCCAAGGCCUUGUGGCCCGACCAGCCGGUGGCCUGCAUCGUCUCCCUCGGCACCGGCAAGUGCAAGAAGGUAGCCGCCAAGUCUGGUGGCAUCCAGGGCACCAUUUCCACGCUCAUCGAAAGUGCCACGAGCACCGAAAGGGUGCACGAAGUCAUUUGCGACCUGGUGCCGCCGGACACCUACUUCCGGCUCAAUCCCUCCGACGAGGCGUUCGCCUGUGAGCUGGACGAGACCGACCAGAUCAAGCUGGAAGAGAUGCAGAAGGCGGCCCAACGUCACAUCGAGAAGAACAUCAAGCUGGUGGAGCGCCUCUGUGCUCACCUGAUGGCUGGUCUGGACGAAGACGACGAAGAGGACAGCUGA